GCUUAUACAUCAUCAUAUAUCUCUCAUAGUCGUCAUCAACCAAACAUGCUUGUCCAUGCCUCUCAUCGUCCUUCCACUAUCAUAUCGCCGGCUAGCUUAUAAAUACUCUCCGGCCGUGACCCCUGCUCACCACCAUCUCCACUAUUGCUAGUAGAUAAGCCGCCAUGGCUGCCCAUGUGGACCCGCUGGUUGUGGGGAGGGUGAUCGGCGACGUGGUGGACUUGUUCGUGCCGACGGUGGCCGUGUCGGCGCGCUUCGGCGCCAAGGACCUCACCAACGGCUGCGAGAUCAAGCCAUCCGUCGCCGCGGCCGCUCCCGCCGUCCUCAUCGCCGGCAGGGCCAACGACCUCUUCACCCUGGUUAUGACUGACCCAGAUGCUCCGAGCCCUAGCGAGCCAACGAUGAGGGAGUUGCUCCACUGGCUGGUGGUUAACAUACCAGGUGGAGCAGAUGCUUCUCAAGGCGGUGAGACGGUGGUGCCGUACGUGGGCCCGCGCCCGCCGGUGGGUAUCCACCGCUACGUGCUGGUGGUGUACCAGCAGAAGGCCCGCGUCACGGCUCCGCCGUCGCUGGCGCCGGCGACGGAGGCGACGCGCGCACGGUUCAGCAACCGCGCCUUCGCCGACCGCCAUGACCUAGGCCUCCCUGUCGCCGCCAUGUUCUUCAACGCGCAGAAGGAGACAGCUAGUCGCCGCCGCCACUACUGAGACAGGCUGAUCGUCGUCCAACGGCAAUUACGUACCCAGCAAAGCUUAAGCCAGCCGCUGCAGUCACUCAUCUCAUCGAGAAGAAGACAAUCUUCCUAGUCGCUGUUCUUGCCAAGUACUAGUACCUUGUUAAUUAUUAUGUAAGCUAAACCCGUGUGCCUGUGAUUAUAUUGGGACGUGUCUCGCUUUAAUACAACCGCUCAACUUGUGGCGUUUAAUUAUUUUAUUUAUUAGAUAUACCAAGGUGUCAUCAAGUCA